UAUGGGAGAAUUAUCAUUAAUGUCGGCCUAACCACUAAAAUCUUGAAUAAAUUAUUUUUUCACUAUUUCUGUAAAUACGUUUUCCAGCGAAGUAUUCUAGGGUUUUACCCCAGGAAAUUCCGUAUCCGGCCCCUUCUCAGAGUUUGGUGGUGCUGUUCUUAUCUGUUACAAAAGAGUGCAAGACAAAUUGAUGUUGGUACCAACUGGAUGCUUCAUCAUAGUAUAUUGGCUGCAUUGAUUGCAAGGCGGUUUAACUAAUGAUGACAAAAGUUGAGGAGGCAAGGACUGCAUGAAAUUUGCUAGAGUUCCUUGAAUUUCUUUGAAUGGAUCAAGUUUAUCAUGGGGAGAGCUCCGGUGGCCUGUCGGCCCAUCCAAUAAAGCGGAAACGGGGUCGUCCACGUAAAGAUCCAAGCCUGAAGCGCACUGGAACUGCCCGUGUACCCCCUGGUUUUGAAGGAGUGAAAGAACACCUACCCCAGAGAGCUGAUAGAACAGAUGGAAUGGACUCUAUGGUGGGCCAGGCAGUAACUGGUGUAGUGGAGGCUUCAUUUGAUGCCGGUUAUUUGCUUAGCGUUAGAAUUGGAAACUCCAAUACUAAUUUGAGGGGUGUCGUUUUCAAGCCAGGGCAUUUUAUUCCCGUCACAGCAGAAAAUGAUGUUGCCCCACAUCUUCAAAUGAUCAGAAGAAAUGAUGUCAAUUUCCCUGCUGAAAAACAAGGAUGGUCUCGUCGCCAGAAACUUGCUAUGGUGCCUGUGAAACGCAAGUAUGCUUCUCCAAAAAUAUCUCCAUCUGUUCCCCCAGUUGGUGUGAGAGGCACUGUGGUUCCUGUUGUUCUUCAACCUGUCAAUUUCCCGAGUGGAGUACCAACUCCCAACCAAAUGCCUUCAGAUGCAUCAAGAAUGGCCAAUCUGAUGUCUUUUGGGGACAAAGAUGUGCAUAUGGUCGAACCAUUAUCCAUGUUACCACCAGAUCGAUCUAUACCUGUCAACCAAAUUUUUCUGGGCACACAACAGCAGACCAGCCACCAAGUUUCACAGGGAAGUGAGCAGAAUGACAGUGAACCUUUCGAUGAGGUUGGACAAGUUAAAAAAGGCAAGCCAACAGAAUCGACUGAUGUUGACAACCUUGGCUCUUCGGAAACUUCAGAUGUCCAAACUGAGAACGGUAAGGAAGCACCGAAAUCUUCAACAGAAGAUUCAGGUAAUAUCUCGAAACCAGAAACUGACAACACCAAUGAGCCCAUGUCAACUGAGUCCUUCCAAACUGCCUCUGUUUCAAAACCAUUCUUCAGUUAUGGGCCUGGAAGGAUGACUGAGCUUUUGCAGGCUUUACAGGAAAAUAUGAAAGAGAACCAGUUGCAAAUUGCUGAACAACCACCUACCGCAUCCAUAGUGGAGUUUCAUGAAGCAAAAAUGCCGGAAACUAAUACAAGAAAUGAAGCGAGUGUUCCAUGACAGAAAUACCUCACAUGUGGACUUGAUGCCAGUAAACUCCUUGAACUUGUAUAGCAUAUUUGUAUUUUGACUCAGCAGCAGCCAGCACUUCUGAGGUGCAGAUCAUUCUCACAAUCAGGAGGAUUUUCAAAGUGAUGAACUAGCUAUGCUCGGUUUCUGUAGAGUUGGGAGAAAUAUUACCGUUUUUCUUGUGUUGUAGAUGCAAAUCCAUCUUAGAGACUCCCUCAUGACAAUUUUGUAAUCUUAAAUCAACAAUUUGGAAGUCUCA